UGAACCUCGUGCAAACUGAGCAGAAUCCACCCUGAUUUCGGCGAAGAAUUCCUGCAAUAUUAUUCAUCAAAAUGGCAGAUGCAAAGUCUACUUUGACGCGAGAUGGAACGAUGCAAGUGACUGCAAAGGAGGGCAUUGAACUUUUGAAGUCCGAAGGGGCUACCAAAUUGUUGAAAGCACAAGGUUUGAUAUCAGAUGCUGGUGAUUCCAGUUCUAAACCAAGCUUAGAAAGAGAUGGUACUAUGGUUGUUACUGCUAAGGAAGGUGAAGCUGUUUUAGACAGUAUGGGUGGAGCACCAGAUCCAGAUGCAGCUACUCGAUCACAACAAAAAGAAUUGGAAGCACUUAAGAAUGAAGUGGCAGCUGAACCACCAGUAAAGAAGCCUAAGCUGCCUAAGGAUGGCACUAUGGUGGCAACUGCUAAGGAAGGAAAAGCCUUGGUUGGAUCUGAAAAAUUAGGUGAUACUAGACAGGAAACCAAGAAAAAGGCAGAUAAACCACAACCGAAACGUGAUAGUACCAUCGCUAAAGCUGUUCAGGAAGCUAAAGUGUUGUUUCCUGACACAGAAAUUAAUGUGAAUGAAGGUAGACGUACAAGAUCAGGCAAUAAACCCACACCUGCCCCUGCUAAAACCCCAGUGAAAAGAGCUGGAACAAUGCAGAAGACUGCCAAAGAGGGUAGAGCAUUUUUGAAGAGGAAAUCGGAAGAGAACAAAGAAGCAGAAGAUGGAGAAAAGGAUGAUAAGUCGGCAUAAGCAUCAUUUAACAUCAAACAUUUGUUUUAUAAAGAAAUGAUCAUAAUAAUUAUCAAACAGUUCAUGAUCAUCCUUCAAACUAUUGGAAUACAUUACAGACUUCAUUGAAAACGGCUUGUUUGUAUUCUAACAGUAUCUCAUUUUGUGUCGUUUGAAUGUUUUUAAUUUUAAUAUUCAUGAGGAUGAAUUAAAAUUCAUAUUUGAGACUUCCUCAUCUGGUUUGUUAAUGUUAGUUCAGAUUUAUAUUUAAAGGACUCAUUUUUAUCAAUAUAUCAAUAAUUUUUAUGUAUAAGACCAUGGUGUUUUUUUCAUUUGUCAUUUAACUGUUUAUUAGAGAAAGUAAUGUUAUUUAUAGUUUGUACAGGCAGCUUUAUUAAUACUUCAUGUUUAGGCAGAGUUUUUUUUAAAAUAAUCUCUAAAUAGUUUUACCAUUUUAUUGUUGGGAAUAAAGACAUAGCUCAUUUUUAGUGAGUUAAUGAUCAUUGUUAAAGUAUUUACUGUCUAUUGAAGAAAUUGAAACAUUUCGAUCCAGUAAACAUUUUAAAACCAGUCAAUGUCUAAUACCCAAAGCUUGGAAUUUUAAGUGUUUAUUUAAUCAAAUAGAGUUGAAUUUCUUGGGAUGGGCUUGCCCCUCUCAGUGUUAAGAAUAUUAACAGAAAAAUGUUUAACAUGUUUUCUAUCAUGAAAUUGAACAAAUCUGCCAUUCUGUGUUCUGUUUUGUCUUUGUCACCGAUAUUUUGAGUUUUAUUCCCAUUUUCACAUUCAUUGAGAAUAUAUUUGUAGAUAAAUUAAGAAUGUAUUUAUUUCAUCUCAAGUUUUCCCUUUUAAAAUUUUUCAUUUUAGAACCAUGUUGUCUAUUUAUAUAAGCCAUGUAUCAGAUUCAAUUCAGGUAACUUGAACAUAGAAGUAGAAGUUAAUUUGUGAAUAUAGCUUGAAACAUAAAUUACACCAACUCUUUGUCAGGACGCAAAUUAGCUGAUAUGGUUUUUGUAAUUAAAAAUUGGAAAGUGAUAUAAACUUGUUUAAAAUUGCGAUAUUUGAAUCAAAACCCAACUCUUGCAAAUAUAAAUUUGUAUACUUAAUUAAAGGGAUUGUAAAUACGUUUUUAAAAUUUCAUGAGUAUCGAGGACACUUACCAUCAGUUUUCACUUUGGUUCCUGCAAUCGCAAUUAGUGACAUUAUCAAGCACUUAUUUUUUGUGGAAUAAAACAACCAGUGCAAUCAGUGUAUCCCUGAUACACAUAAAAAAUGUAGAAAACCUCUUUACAAUCACUUUAGUAUUAAAAUUUUUUAGCUGUGAUUAUCCAUAAACUUUUCCAUGAAUGAAAGGAAAAUAAUUUGUUUUCUAAAACAUGAAACAUUUCUAAAUGGAAGAGUUUAUCAAUUUUAUAAUUUCUAUAUUUUGUAACCAAUUUAUUCCCCAUUUUUUUUUAAACUAGUUGGAUUCAUUUAUAGUUUGAUGUCAUUUUUUUGUACAUCCUAAAAACAAUUAAGUAUAUAAUUUAUGUGGCAAACAAUCCAGUUGAGAUAGGUUUUAGAUGUUCUGUUGCAUUUAAUUUUGGUCAAUUCAGAAUAAUUAACAGAUUUAUCUAGAACUGUGUUUCAAUAAGAUUAGUUUGAACAUAUUUGUAACACUUAUUGAAAUAUAUCUUGGAUGGUAAGAUUACUAAAAAGUGAAUCAGCAAACAGACUGACUUUGAAAAAGCUUGAGGAAACAGAACUUAGUGAUACUUCGUCUUAGAAGUGACAUAAAAUUUAAGUUCUCAAGAAUGGUCAAUAUGAGUAUAUGUUCAUCAGUGAACUUACCUGGUGUCAUAGAGUAAAAUAGAAUCCCUGGAAAAUUCAUAAAACUAAGUAAUUGUUGAAAAAUUACGCCUAAUCUUAAUAUUAAGCGUUUUUCAAUAGUUAAUUGCAUAUUUAUGGAUAAUUCCUAAUUUUUUUUUUGAUUUAUUGGAUUACAUAAGGAUCCUGUUAUGUUAUUUAUGACACCAGGUAUAUCUACUGAUGAAUAUAUUAUGCUCUUAUUGGCCAUGUAUGAAAUUCUUAAUUUUAUCUUCAUUCUAAGACCAUAGUACUUGAAGGCACGUUGGCGAGUCACAUUGUCCCUACAGUUUCCAAGAGAAAUGUUGGUUUAUGGUUCUAGUAAGAGCAGAUAAAUGGUGACUUAAUUGUUAAAAUGUAAAUUUGAUUUUGAGUUGGAUUUUUAUCAAGUUAACCAUUUCCAUUCUUAAUAGAACACUGAUUCUGUUUUAUUUUAAGAUUUGUUGUAAUUGUAUAACUCUUGUAGAAUGAAUGUUUUGGAGAGUAAACUUGCGAUAAUAAAACAGAUUCUUUCACUUUGGAAA